UUUGUCGCUGCAGCGACGACCUCCUGUCAUGUAGCUCGGGAUGAAGGAAUAUUAGUAGCGAGGACAACUUCUCAACUGGAUUUUCUUGAUGGCAUUGCAGUCCGGAGAGUUCAGCGAGUUGUGUCUGGAUUACUGGACUUGUAACUGAAACUGCCGGAGGUCACCGCACGGCGCUCUACAUCCACUAGACGAACCUUCUUGAGUUCUAGAGUAAACAACCUUUGUCACCCGAGAAAGGAGACAGGAUAGAACAGUCAACACAAGAUUUAAGAAGUUUCAAAUAGAUUAAGGUUUGAACAGGCGAAGCAAAUCACCGUUGUACCUUUCUACAACGGCAUCAUCAUUUGUCUACUUAGGGAACUACAAUUAACCUUUUGGUGUUAUCAGCACUCGGCAAGAUGGAUGGAAGGUAGAAAAGAGACACCGCGCAUUUCAGAAAGCAAACUAUUUUACUAUUGACAAAUGAAUACUAAGCCAAGUCGCCCUUUGUGGACAUCGAAGAAUAAGAUCUCUCGGAGAGGAAAUGGAGAAAGUCCACGUGCAGCUUCAGAUAACAUUUUAUAUUUGAGCUCCAUCACAAUAAGAACACCGCCAUCAAAGAAUUAAUGAGGAAAGAAAAAUCAAUUUCAAGUUGCUUGAAGUUGUCAGAGAAGCUUAAUACUCGUCUAGCUGAUAUAUUUGAAUUAAAUGGCGGUGCCUGAUGGAGGAAUAAAACGAUGGAGUAACGUGGAGAUGUUCUAGGAUUACAGACAAUUGAUUUCUUGUCAGGAGACUGGCAGGAGGACGAUGUCAACCUCCUGUCUCCCGCUCGCAGUCUUCAAAAGACAGACUGACACAGAGGUGACGUGAGUUGUCGGCCUUUGACUACUUGCCCCACAGAUAUGGCCCCACCGGCCGUGUUUAAAUGUGCGUUGAUGACUUCACUAACGGUAGUUUGUAUUUCAGAGAGCUGGGUGCAGACGAAACUGUCUAGUGUUGUGGACCAGGUGUCUGGAUGCUUUGAUUUGACGGGUUUUCACCUGUCAGCAGGUGACUGGUCUCCUCCCUCACCUUUGUCGGUCCUCUUUAUACAAGCUUCCAUGGUGAUGUGCUUCGCCCUCACCAGCCAGGUGAAUGUGACCGAGUGUAUUUCCAGUGUCUACAACCAAACGGCAAGGGAUGAUCCAGAUUCCAGACUGAUUUUCCUCCAGCUGCCUCCACUUGUUGCCUUUCAGAACGCACAGGCGCAGAUAUGCGAAAUUCAUGGAGACCUAGUGAAGGACCUCCCGUGUCUUGCUCAUGUCGAGCACCAGGUGUCGCUUUGCACCAAACGUCGUCUGCAUCAACACGAGGCGCACACAGCCGACAUCUUCCACAUCUGCAGAACAGUGGAGGCGUCUGCUGCUUGCACAGGACGGACGUAUGGAGUUUGCUCUCUUCGAACAGCAGGCGCCCUGUCCGCGAUGACCCGUAUGUUCCAUCCAGUCCUGUGUGCACGCAGUGACCCCAUCACGUGCAGCACUGUGGCUGCUGCUGCUGCUGGUGUUCGACAUUUCAUUCCACUCCUGUUGCUGACUUCCUGUGUGGAGCUAACACUGGUGUACAUUCUAUCGUGGAGACAAAGCUGCUGUCUGCUUCACUGGCUGGUUGGAUAAUUUGACGACGAAGUGCCCCCACCUUGCGUGGAUAUCAUUUGUCAUCUAAGGAGGACAGGGGCUACAAAAAGGGAGGAAACCUGGAAACAUGGGGAGGGUUGGGAAGCUCCUAAUGUCUAGACCCGCCAGCAGAUUCACAACGAGAUAAAAAUGUGUUUGUGUUUCCCGAGACCAGAUUUGAACGCAGGCCUUUGUGCUUCUCACUCCAGUGAAGACAGGUUCUGUACCAAUACACUAUCGGACCACCUUUCUGUGUCGUGUAGCUGACAUGCCCGCUCUCUGUCUUCUGGAUCCAGUAAGACUGGUCUGCCUGGUCUCUGUCUAACAAAAUUUAUUAUCUACAGUCCUUGCACUUACUCAUCCACUGUCGGUGACGGCGAUGCUUUUUAUGACAAGUCGUUAUCACGGAUAUUGAUAUGUCGAUGACAUAAAAGACAAAAAAAAAAAAAAAGACCAUAAAUAAUCAAAAUUGACCAUAUUAUUAUCAGCUGAUACAUGUAGGUGUAAAGGAAAGUAAUUUAGUAUUUACUUACUAGUCAAUCUAGUUUUUUUUUUAUAUCUCACUUGAGAUUCAGACAUUUCUGCACGAAUGUGUUCAGAGUCAGUGCUAGAUAUUUUUUACCCCACCCACAUUUUCAGUAAAUUUCUACAUUUUAGGAUUUUUUAUUAGAAAAUGAGGCAAAAUGACAUUCAUUACAUCUGGUUACCGGAUUUCUCUUACAAGUAGCGAGCGAUGUCGUCUUGAAUCGUGUUUUUGACAUUGUCGUCGUCGAUGAGUCUCAUCGUCAAUGACCUGUGUUGCAUGGCCUUUACCACAGCCACAACAUUGUAGUGGCUUUUUUAUAUGUCCCGAAACUAUGAAAACAAUACACGGCGCCAUCUCAAGGCUGUACAUCCUAACCUUUUUCAUAUUUUUGUCACACAAUGCAUUAUAAAAAAAUAUUCUGUAGUCACAUGUUCACAAUACUACAAUGUGUCUGUUAUUCCUUCGCAUUUCUCUUUCGAAAAGACACGUUUAAAAUAAAUAAUGAGGAUGAUGAUGAGGAGGAGGAUGAGAAUGAUGCUGCUGCUGCCGAUGAUGAUGAUAAGAAAAUCCAUGGAGCAGAAUAAACACUGUCGGCGUCGUCUGUACCCAACGAUCUA